AUGAGUCACCAACAGACAGGCUACCAGUAUGCUUCAGACCCGCGAGCAGACUCGACCGAGUCUGAUCACAAGAUCAAUGCUCAACAGGAGCACCACUUCCAGCGAAGCCACCGAGAGCCUGGACAACUUGAGUUGGGAUUGACUGAAGUCGCCGAAGGCAGGACAGACGUUCAACGCAGCGUGGUCGCCUCUGCUGGUCUGGACCACUCCCGAUUCCGCUCCAAGUGGCAGACGAUCAGACCCGAUUGGCUGUCGGCUGUCAUCGGUGAAGCCCUGGGUGUCUUCUUCUUCACCUUCAUGGGCACUGCCGCCACUGCACUCUUCGUUCUCAGCGCCGUUGCAGGAACAGAGUACGGCAGCUUCCUGAACAUCGCUCUCGCCUACGCAUUCGGUAUCGUCUUCGGAAUCUACAUGGCUGGUCUCAACUCCGGAGCUCAUCUUCACCCUGCCGUCACUAUCUGUCAAGUCAUCUUCAAGGGUUUCCCCAUCAGCCGAGCCCCUCUUUACAUCGUUGCUCAGAUCUUCGGUGGCUACAUCGGUGCUCUUUGCACCAUUGCCAUCAACCGUACUCCCAUCUUCGCCUAUGAGGCUGGACUUCGAGCAGCCGGAGAGUCGGCCGCCAUCUUCACUUCAUCGGGACCUGCCGGUAUCAUCGCCCUGUUCCCAGCAGCUGGCAGGACCUACGGCGACAUGGUCACCAACGAGAUCAUCGGAGCCUUCGUCAUCGGACUGGUCAUUUGGGCCAACCUUGACUCUCAGAACAUCUUCACUUCCCCUGUCAACGCCCCUUGGGCCAUCGGACUCGCCUAUUUCGUCGUUGUCAGCUCGCAGGCACCAGGAGCCAUUGCUCUCAACACCGCUCGUGACGUUGGCGCUAGGUUCGCCUGUGCCUCCGUCUUCGGUCGAGAGUGCUUCCAGCCCUCCAAGUACACCGCACUUGCUGCUCUUACCAACAUUCCUGUGACGAUCUUUGCCGCUGGACUGUACACCUUCUUCCUCUCCGACAGCCGUCGCCCUUCUGCCAAUGUCUCUCUCAGCCACCACCUCGAGCAGGACCGGAAGAACCAGCUCGCAGCCGAGAGCCGACACGAGGAGCUCAUGCUGCACCGCACCCGUACCGGCAGUGGAGAGAAGGGAGGCUCUCUCUUCCGCACCAUCACCGGACGCGGCGCUCCCAAGGCCGAGUAA